GUGGCCAAGGUUGAGAAACACUGCUCUAGAGUUUUCGGGAUGGGGCGACGUACAAACCAAGGAGGUAAAUAGGUAAACAACGCGAGCACGAGGAGCCCCGCGAAGGCGUUUCCUUCGCCAGCCUCCUCGCCCCGUCGGAUCUCGAAGCCGUCCGCCGCCUGAGAGCCAUGGCCCACGGCCGCGGACUGGCGCUUGCCCUGCUAGCGUUGGCCCUCGCGGGCUCUCAGGAGGCGCGGUCCGAGCAGGAGCUGCGCUUCAAGCCCGCGCCCUCGCAGAGGCCGGUGCGGCUCUUCACAGAAGACGAGCUGGCCAGGUACGACGGGCACAAGGAGGAUGAGCCCAUUUACAUAGCUGUGAAGGGUGUGGUGUUUGAUGUCACUUCUGGAAAAGAAUUUUAUGGGAAAGGAGCACCAUACAAUGCACUAGCUGGCAAAGAUUCAACCCGAGGUGUUGCAAAAAUGUCCCUUGAUCCAGCAGAUCUCAUUUAUGACACAACGGGACUCACAGAAGAGGAGCUGCGAUCUCUGGAUGAGACCUUCAGUAAUGUUUACAAGGCCAAAUAUCCUAUUGUUGGCUACACUGCCCGAAGAAUUCUCAAUGAAGAUGGCAGCCCUAACCCAAACUUUAAACCUGAAGAUCAGCCACAUUUCACUAUUAAGGAUGAGUUUUAACAAUAACUUGGCAAUCCCAUUACUAUACUACCAACAACCAGCAGAAUAUCUAAAAACGGAAGAAUAUAAUGUGCCUAAAAUGGUUGUUUUCACAUCUUUGAGGAUGAUUGUUUUCUAUUUUAUCAUGCUCUUACCAUUGGUUAACCAGUAAUAUUAUGAUGUGUGUGAUAAAACUGUAGUACACAUCUUGAGACUGUUUUGACUAGCAAAGUAUUCUGUAUCAGUGCUAAUGGAGAAGUAAUUAGUUGUCUUUAGCUAAUAUUUGGCUAACUAGGAAGGAGUCCCAUGUUCAGUCCCAUGCAUUGAACAUUACUUAUACAAAAUCCUCAUGGCUAUAUAAACAUACAUGUUGAUAAACUGCCCUGCUAAUAAUUGGCUAUUAGCAAUAUCCAGUUGAAUCAGCGUCCCUUGAUUGAUAUUACCAGGCAGCUGUGCCCCCUUCCAGGACACUGGGUUCAAUUUCCCUUGUCUGUCUAUUUCUUUUACUCAGAAGUCAGUCUGAAUUUUGGGGGGGUUCUCUCUGAGUUUUUUUUCCCAACUGUGUAUUAUUUCCACAAACUUUGUGGUUCUCUUGAGCAUGUUGGGGCCUUCCUCUUGUGUCUGGAUGGUAUUGACUUGGCUCUCGGAAGAUAAGUACAGAGAAUGAAUUUACUAUCAAUAUAUACUAGCCUUCACUUGAUACUUCCAGUGAGUGCCAUGGCAAACUAAUGUCCUUCUGGCAGCAAGACUGCAUUUACAAGGAAAAUUGCAGCUAGAUGCUGGAUCCAGACCAGAGGAAGGAGAGAUCAUUGACAUAACCCACAUGACUCUGGACAGCCGCUCUUCAUGAGUAGACUGCAGGAACUGUUGUUUUGCGGUCAGCUUAUGAGUUGAGUGGCUAGGAGUUGAGGGACACCAUCAAGCUCAUUCUUGUAACGCAGCCUUUAAGGACAUAAAGCUUGACCGAGCCUCAUUUCUUAAUCACUUUUUGGAUUAUUUUUUUAUUGUACUGGAAAUAUUAAGACCCUUUGGAUCGG